AUGGGCCUCGUCAUCGCUCAGCGUGCACCGGAGCUGCUCAGCCUCCGCGAAUCGCUCAAACGCUACCGAAGCACAGGCGAGCCGCUUGAGCUCAACGGCCACAGCGACGACGAGCCCAAAGUGCUCAUCUCCUACCCUUUGCCAUCCCUCUCGCUGCUCUCGCACGUCGGUAUCUCCUCGCGGCCCGAUGGAGGCUUACAAGCCAGCUCGCCGAGCUCAAGGACACGCUCGAGCCCGCGCAAGAAUGGUCUGACGACGGCAGGCAGCAUGAGCGCUCGACCGGCCCUCUUGACGGCAGACGAUACCUCAGGCAGCAACAGCAGGCAGAGUCCGGCUUCAUCUUCUUCAUAUGAAGCUGUAGAAGCUGUGCCGCUCCAUGCGGGCAUCAAUCUGGACGAUCCUCCGACGCCUCGUCGACGGCAGCUAAGCGAGCAACGAGAACCCCAGCACGUCAGACAAAAGACGCAACGACGGGCGGCCUCCCGCAGGGUAGCAAAGCCAAUUGUGGAGCUGAGCAGAGAGAAAGGCAAAGGCAAAGCGCUACAAGAUGCUUACCCUGCGCGGCGACUACUUGCCGUCUCGACUGAGAAUCUCGAUGCAGAGGCAUAUCCACUCAUCCUCGUCACCGGCGGUGCAGGCUAUCUGGGCUCUCACACUGUGCUCGAGAUUCUCCAAGAGGGCACGCACGGCGUCGUCGUCAUCGAUAAUUUGGGCAACUCACAAGCAGGCUCACGCGUGAGACUGCUUGCACGAGAGCAUCACAAGGCAUCAAGCAGGUUACGGAAAUGCGAUCCUCCGCUCUACUUUCAUGCGGCAGACAUACGCAGCGAGGCAGCGAUCGAGCGCGUCUUUGAGCACUAUGCCCUUUCGCCCCUCUCGCCUCUCGUUCCUACCAUACAGAGCUUCGGCGCGGCACCUCCCGCAACCACACAAACCCAGUCUGGCAUCCCACGAAGCUCUCGUAUCGUCUGUGCCAUCCAUUUUGCCGGCUUGAAAUCUGUGCCGCUUUCUACGCUCGACCCGCUUUCCUAUUAUUCUACCAAUAUCUCCGGCACAGUCUCGCUCUUGAAUGUCUUGACGCGGUGGAAUGCCAAGAGGAUCAUCUUCUCGUCCAGUGCUGCCAUCUACGGAGCAGACUGCGAAGGACUAGCCAUCAAGGAAGACGAAUGCUUGAUCGGUGGCAGGGGCACCGGUGGCAAGGGUAUCACGAACCCGUACGGACGGACGAAGCUCAUGUGCGAGGAGAUCAUUGGCGAUCUCUGCAAGAGCGACCAUCAGUGGAAAGCUGUGCUGCUCAGAUAUACGAAUCCAUCAGGCAAUCAUCCGUCAGGCUUGAUAGGCGAAGAUCCGGCAAAGGCUUCGUCGCUCCUACCACUUGUCAGUCAUGUCUUGACAAAACGGCGCGAACACGCCUGUAUUUAUGGGACCGACUACGAUACGCCGGACGGCACUGGCGUACGAGACUUUAUACACGUCACCGACCUGUCGAAGGGUCACUUGGCGGCCAUGAAAGCAUUCGACAUGUCUGCGGAUCCUAUGACGGCUCACUGCCGGACAUACAACUUGGGAACAGGUCAGGGCGCAUCGGUCGUCGAAAUCAUCGAGACACUUUCAACAGUCGCACAGAUGCCUAUCAAGACGCUUCUCGCUCCGCGCAGACCAGGUGACCUGGGCUGCGUUGUCAGUGAUCCCACACGAGCACAAACAGAACUUGGCUGGCGAGCCGAGCGAGGCGUCGUCGAAAUGUGCCGCGAUCUCUGGGUGUUCGCUCAGAAGAACCCAGAAGGAUACCCACCGACACCUGCCGGCUUGCGUGUCGAUGCAGCGAACGGCAGAAUCGACGUACAAAUCAAGAUCGACGACGAAGCUAGCUGA